AUGCUAAGGUGGCCCUCCCGAGCCCGGCCAGGGCUACCGCCGCCCGCUUGCCUCCUCCUCCUCCUCGCCGUCUCGGUCUCGCUGCUCUUGCCGCUCUCCCAGGCAUGUGGCUUCAUCCGCUAUCACCCCUACGACCUGGUGAAGGUGCUGGAUGCAGACACGCUGAGGGAUAACGUCCUUUCCUCCCGCAGCGCCUGGGUGAUCGAGUUUUAUGCAAACUGGUGCAGCGACUGCUUUGCGUUUGCCCCCACCUGGCGAGCGCUGGCCAAAGACGUCAAGGACUGGAGACCUACUGUGAUGUUGGGUGUGAUAGACUGUGGCGAGAUGUCCAAUGAGAAAAUAUGUUCAAUCUUUGGAAUCAAGAAAUACCCAACUUUGAAGUUUUUCAAGCCGUUCUCCAAGCAUCCUGAUGAUGGUAUAAAGAUCAGUGAGACAGGGGAUGACCUGCAACGCCUGAGGGAAAGCAUAAUUACAUUGGUAGAGAGUCAUGAAAAUGCAUUCUUGUCCCGUGACUCCCCUCUACUGAUGCCACUCAGUGCUAAUGACUCCUUCCAGUUCCAGGACAAUAAUGUGGUUGUGAUAUUUGAGGAUAAGGACUCAUUUCUGGGCAGAGAGGUAAUACUGGGCAUGGCCCAGUUUGCAAAUAUUACUGUGAGGAGAGUCCUGAAAGGUGAUGAAAAGCUAGUGGAUAGAUGUGGUGUCCCCACUUUGCCUUCUCUCUUCCUGCUUCCAAGCAAGGACUCUUGUGUUCCCAUCAUUUUGAGAAACAUGUCAAGAUGUAUUUGCACAACCCACCUCCAGAAACUAUCUGGUGUCUUCAGAAAAAUUAACUUUACAGAUCCAGAUUCACCAAGUGUGGAACCAAAGAUUAACCAUACCCUCUGGGAGGUUGCAAACAGGUCAAAGAUAUACAUGGCUGAUCUGCAGUCUGCAGUGUUUUGUAGCCUACGGCAAAUUGAAAUACGAUUCUCUUACCUUGACAAAGAGCGAGUUGAUGCAUUGAAGAAGUAUGUGAAUGCAUUGGCCAAGUAUUUUCCUGCAAACUCCAUGGUCAAGAACGACCUUCACAAACUGAAUGACUGGCUAAAGCUAUACGUGACAACAGAUAUUUCACGGAGCAAAUGGACAAAAGCUUUCAUGCCUAUUAAAAAGGCUCUAAAUGGCACAAAGUCAGAUGCUCGGACCUGGGUGGGAUGUCAGGGAAGCCAACCUCUGCUCCGAGGUUAUCCAUGCUCUAUCUGGACUCUCUUCCACUUCCUGACGGUGCAAGAAGGACUGCCAGUACCAAACAAUGAGAAUGGCACACCAUCAGUAGCCCUUUCAACCUUGAGAGAAUUUAUGAAGAACUUCUACGGGUGCCGGAAGUGUGCAAAAUCCUUUGAGAUCAUGGCAAAAGAAUCCAUGGAUGAAGUGAAGAACACAGAUGAGGCUAUUCUCUGGCUUUGGUCAAAGCAUAACAUAGUCAACUUUUGGUUGGCAGGUGAACCAAGCGAGGAUGCCAAAUUUCCCAAAAUCCAGUGGCCUUCCCAAGACUUGUGCCUAUCGUGCAACAGAACUAUCAAUGGGAAAGAUGCAUGGAAUAAGAUGGCAGUUUUGAACUUCAUCAAGCAGCAUUUCUCAACAGAUAACAUUUCAUUGGAAUUCAUAAGCUAGUCCUUCAACUCAAACAAACAACCUAAAUCCAAUU